CUCAAUUCCGGAGAAAAUCAUAAGCUUAUUCAAUUGUAUUAAAGCCAUUCACUGUCACUAUUCCUAAUUCCCAAAAAUGGGUGUUGCUUCACUCUCUCUGUACUCCAUCUUCAUCGUCUUAGCCUUCAUUUCGUCCUUAGAUGCCGAAGAUGAUGCAGGUUUCACGGAGUGCAGUCAACCCUUCAACUGUGGCAGCUUCAAAAGCCUCUAUUAUCCUUUCUGGGGCGACAAUCGACCUCAAUAUUGCGGGCAUAGUGGUUACAGACUUAGAUGCAAGGAAAAUAUUCAGCACCCUGUUAUGGAAUUCAGUAGCCAAGACUUUUUUGUGAUCGGAAUCGAUCAAUCUGGCAAACCCCGAAUGAUGACCCUUUCGCGAAGACAUCCUUGUCCCACUCCCAUUCCCAUUCCCACUCACAUUCCCACUCCCCUGAAUAACACUCAGUUUAUUCUUCUUACAGCGACUGAGGAUAUGACUCUGUUUAGCAACUGCCCUAAGUCCAGCCUCUCAAGGAAAAGGAUAAAUACUUCCUGCGCCGCUGAUGGUAAACCGGGCAACGUUUCUUUUUUCUUGUGGGAUAAUAAAACGAAGCUUGUGAAUUGUCGAGAAAGAGUGGAAGUUCCGGUUCCAAAGGAGGCUCUUGAUGAAUUUAAGUCGGGACGUCUGAAUUUAAGUGGAACCUUGAUGAGACCGUUUAAUGUACAGUAUCUCGCCUAUGAUGCCUUCUGUGAAAAAUGUUUGCGCUCCGGUGGAAGAUGUGGAUCCAAUCGGACUUUUCCACUUGUAUUUGCUUGCAACUGUCCCGACGGACCUUAUGAUGUAGAAUGCGGUGGUAAGGCUCUAGCUCGAAGGUCAUCUACUACUACUGCUCCUGCUGAGAGGAAGAAUUCAUCUCUUGAGUUCACAACAGCUGCUGCCUGUGAACCAUCUGAACAAGAUUCACUUUGUGGCUGGCCAAGCUUUGAGAUCACCUGCAAAGACAAAAGCCCAGUUCUUACUAUUGUUGAAGACCAUUAUAUCAUCAAAGACAUAUUCUACAACAGCAAUUUAUUUCUUGUGGUCAGUGCUGUGGUCUAUGAAGAAAUAUGUCCAAUUCCACUGCAAAAUUUUAUUCUUCAUCGAACUCCAUUCAGUCUUAGUUCUGAUAAUUUCAAUUUUUCGUUCUUAUAUAACUGCACUAAGCAGCCAGUUUACCCUACAUAUUAUCCAGUAAGUUGUGCUAGCAAUGCUUCGCUCCAUUCUUUUGCUGUUUUCGAUAAAGAUGUUUUGGAGUACAUGAACUACUCAUUGAAGUCAUGCCAGUCUUUUGUUAAUGCCCCAAUAUUGGGAAUGGGUAGUAACUGUAAUUUGACUCGUCUGGUGAAAACAAAUUAUUCUGAAAUCUUGAAGAUGGGUUUCCUUUUGAAUUUGACUGCACAUAGUUGCCGCGAUUGUGAGAGCAGUGGUGGGCGCUGUGGAUUUGAUGACCAUCAGUUUAUUUGUUUUUGCCCAGAUAAGCCUCAUUCCAAAACUCGCAAUGAUGAUAACUAUAUAGGAAAGUCACUUUUUCUCCAGUUCUUUGACAACCACAUAUUGAACUCAGAGCCAUUAGGUGAUGAUAAUAAAGGGAAACAGAAACCUGCUGUAGGUGAUGAUAAUAGAUGGAAAUGGAAACUUGCUAUAGGUCUUGGCUGUGGUUUUUUUGGGGGCGUAGUAACAACAUGCAUUGUGUUCAAAUUCUUCCUUCGGCGCAGAAGAGUGCUCAAAUAUGCUCGAUCUUCCUCAGUUGCAAAUGAGAUAUCCUCUGCUCCGGCUUCAUUGACUGAUCCUGGGAAAGGAGGUAACUUCCCUGGAGUGCAUAACUUCACCUAUAAUGAACUUGAAGAGGCUACCAAUACAUUUGAUUCUGCCAUGGAACUAGGUGAUGGAGGCUUUGGCACCGUGUAUUAUGGCACACUCCAAGAUGGGCGACCUGUUGCAGUCAAACGCUUAUAUGAAAACAAUUACAAAAGAGUGGAACAAUUCUGGAAUGAAGUUGGGAUCCUAGCUCAGUUGCGCCACCGGCAUCUUGUAUUACUUUAUGGUUACACCUCUCCCCACUGCCGUGAACUCUUACUUGUAUAUGAGUACAUUUCCAAUGGAACCGUUGCUGACCAUCUUCAUGGUGAACGUGCCAAACGUGCUUCACUUCCUUGGCUCAUUCGUUUGAAGAUUGCCAUAGAGACUGCAAGCGCAUUGACUUACCUCCAUGCUUCUGAUAUCAUCCACCGUGAUGUGAAAACCAACAACAUUCUCCUUGAUGAGAAUUUUUCUGUUAAAGUUGCAGAUUUUGGAAUUUCUCGUUUCUUUCCAAAACUUGUUACACAUGUUUCUACUGCUCCCCAAGGGACUCCUGGUUAUGUUGAUCCAGAAUAUCAUGAAUGCUACCAGCUGACAGACAAGAGUGAUGUAUUUAGCUUUGGGGUCGUCUUGAUUGAGCUAAUAUCAUCCAAGCCAGCUGUUGACAUCACCAGGCACCGCCAUGAGAUAAACUUGUCUAACAUGGCCAUGAACAAGAUUCAAAACCGAGCACUACACGAACUUGUAGAUCCAACUCUUGGGUAUGAAUCAGAUCAUAAGGUGAAGACAAUGAUAACUGCAGUGGCAGAGGUGGCAUUUCCGUGCCUGCAAGGUAGGAAGGACCUGAGACCAACAAUGGUAGAGGUGUUUAAGGCUUUAAAGGGUAUAGAGAGUGGGGACUACAAUAAUUAAAAGGCACAAGGGAUGAACGUUGCGACAGAUGAAGUUCACGUGCUGCAAAUGCCACUUUCUUUUAGAUUAAUUUCAUUUCCACCAGACUUGGUAUGCAAAAGGGGUAACCCAAAAUGCCCAUAAGAUAUAAUGAAGCACCUUGUUAGUCCUACCUUUGCACUAGCAAGAUCAACCACUGAACCGUCAUUUGAAAAGCGAUAAAGCAAUAGUUUUUGU